GACCCGCCGAUGCCCACCUCAGUGUUGCCUUGCCAGCUAGAAUCUAUACUCAGAGUUGAAUUAGCCAUGUCUUUCUAGGGUUCUUUCUGCUCUUUUCCUUUCCUUUCCUUUCCUUUCCUUUUCUUUUCUUUAUAUAUAUAUAUAUAUUAGUUUCCUUUUAUUUCUUGUAUAAACAUCUUUGGGUUUCUGAAUAUCCCUCCAAGAGGUAAACAUUUAGCCGUGGUUGUGAUAGUAUGUUGUCACUUUUAUAUAUCUCUGCAUCCACACUAUAUAUACUAGGGAGAUCCUCAUACCGUCAUUGCGUUGUAGUUCACUGAAAGCAUUUGUAUGCUAUUUAGCUCAAUUGCUUUACGUAUAUCUAAAGAGACCUUUUGCGUAAAGAGAAAUUUUACAAUAUGGGGGAGUCAAGAACUUAUAAGAAACUUGAAGACAAAAGAAAGACCAAGUGUUGCCACCCCAAGAAAAUGCGGCGAUAUACAUACACUAACUCGGGUGAGUGGAGUCAUAAGAUUGAUAAGAUGAUUCAAUGCUUGAUGUCAAUUCCUUGUUUUAGAGGCGGUGAAAUUCAACCACCCCUCAAGGAAGACCGUUCCAGAAGGUACCACCGAUCCCAUCUCCCCAAUGUCUAAACAUAUAUUCCACACAUCACACUCACUUUGUCCUUACUCCACAGAAUAUGUAAUUUAUUCACUUACUUUCUCUCCUUUACUUGAAAGCGCCUCAGUUGCGCAUCCUCACACCAUAGUAUCAUGUCUCUAGUGCAACGGGUGUCUUCCAUUGACGGGGUGGAUAAUGUGGACGUCCUAGAGACGGAGAGCAUCCUCUCCAUCCCCAUCCGGCGCGAAAUCAGCUACGAUGUCUUACCACCGCCUCCCGUGGAAGAGCUGUUGGACACGAAAGCGGCGACCCCGGCGUACAGAGUGUCAACUGCGAAGCGACUCGCCCAGGUGAUUGUGACGUUAUUGGCCUGUUGGUGCGCCUCGGGAAUUGUCUUCGGCUUUGCGGCGCUGAAGCCCGUGAUGAUCAACGAAGGCGUUUACCGAAACCUGUGCACCGAGACGUUGUUGCCCGAGGAGGGCAACGUAUGUAGAGCGCAAGAUCUUCGCCUAAAUCUGUUCUUCAUGGUCGGCUCGAUCACGGCGAAUGUGUCUGCUCUUCCGGUCGGCACCAUCCUCGACCGCUAUGGCUCUCGAUGGUGUGGUUUUAUCGGCUGUGUAGUUUUGGCUGCUGGUAGUUUGCUCAUGGCCUUUUCUUUCUCGGGUCGCGUGGACGGUUAUAUCGCGGCAAACUUGCUGUUGGCGUUGGGAGGCACCUUUAUCUUUGUCCCAUCGUUCCGAAUCGCCAAUGCGUUCCCCAAGUACACCGGAACGAUUGUCGCGCUCGUCACAGGUGCAUUCGAUGCAUCAGCAGCGGUUUACCUCUUCUAUCGUCUGGCGUAUGAGAAGAACCCAGGGACCUUUUCCCCGAAGCGGUUCUUCCUCGCUUACCUAGCGGUACCGGCUUGUAUUUUCAUCGCAUUGCUUACGAUCAUGCCAACCCACGACUACCAAACCACGCAACAGUUGCAAGUCAAAAUUGAACAGGCCGAGGAUGUCACGCAAGAUGUCCAUGACUCGGACGCCGAGAUCGAAAACAAUACAGAGCUGUGGCAAGUCCGGACGGACCGCGCGAGGGAUCGGAAAGAUCAACUACGCAAGAUCGACGAAGUCUUCGGAGACAAGAGUGAGCGCAAACAACGACAGGAAUGGGAGGAAGAGCGGCACGAAACGAGUCGGGUAUGGGGGGUCUUGCAUGGUUUACCGGCCCACGAGCAGAUGAAGACACCGUGGUUCAUCCUGAUCCUUCUGAUGACAGUCCUACAGAUGUUGCGUAUGAAUUACUUCAUUGCGACCGUACGAUCGCAGUACGAGUUUAUGCUCCACUCAGAACGGCAGGCCGAAAUGAUUAAUGACUUCUUCGAUGUUGCGUUGCCCGUAGGGGGUGUACUUUUCACGCCCGUCAUCGGGCUCCUUCUCGAUAAUCUCAGUGUGCCAGCUACAUUGGCAGUAAUCGUGCUCCUGACCACGACUACUGGCGUGUUGAAUUCUGUUCCCGCCGUAUGGACGGGCUAUCUGACCGUCAUCCUCUUCGUUCUCUUAAGACCAUACUACUACUCGGCCAUGUCCGACUACGCUACCAAAGUCUUUGGCUUCGGAACCUUCGGCAGAGUCUACGGGACAAUCAUCUGCUUCUCCGGCCUCGUCAACUUCGCCCAAUACUUGUUGGACUAUCUAACGCACGGUCCGUUCCACGGCAAUCCGAUCCCAAUUAAUAUCUUCCUUGCCACGGCUGGCCUCAUCGUGGGUACAGCCCUGGUGACCUAUGUAUAUAUUGCGGAGAAAAGAUGGAGGGAAGAGAAGCGAGCGGAAUGCGACGAAGAACGGCAGAGAUUGAUUCCGGAAGAGGAGGAAGAGGAAGCUUGAGACCAUGAGGGACGUCGUUUGGCUGUUAUAAUGGUACAGCUUCUUGAGGAUAUGUUACAAACGAGUUUUACAUGUUGCCUUACGCAGCGAACAUAUUGUUAAUGACACAACAUACGUUUGUUGAAGCAGAGCAUAUUGAAUUCCUGACUACAACUAUGGUUAAUCUAACUAGGAAACGGCGUAGCGUUAAAUUAACAAGCCAUAUAUGAUCAAAGCGCCUGCCAAACGUAGCAAUACUAAGUAGCAUUGACACUAAAUGCUGAUAUAAACCCCAUAUCCAGCUACCCAGCUAUAGUCACGCUAGCAACAGAGAGACGGACCGUCGGUCUAUCAGUAUUAUAACGUCUCGGUCAGUCCUAGAACCUUGAAAUCGUCUCUAAUACAACUAAUUAAGCACUGGUAUCUUAUCCGCAAAAGAAAACGAAUAGCGGGGCCGACCUAUACUUGGGAGUGGACAGACAAUGCGUGAAAGGGAAUAACUAUUGUGCAAUGGUCUUUGAAGGGAUAACAAUAUAUCAACUGAGUCGCCUUUACUGCUAUAGUAACUGUAUCGUAGAAUCGGGCUAUUCUCGGAAGAGCUGUUGAUGGAACACAGUUUAUAGCCCCCUGGAUCAUCUCAAUGGAUAUAGGUGAUCAGGUACACGCGAAC